UUAGAUUAAGAUUUAGAAUCUAGUGUAAAGUCAGUAGAUCUAGAUCUUCUUAUCUUAUCUUAUAUAAUACAGUCUAGAUCUAGUCAAUGUAUUAUUAAAGCUAGAUCUAGAUCUAGAUUUCUUUAGAUAGAUUGAUAAAUCUAAUCCAGAUCUGACUAGAUUCUAUUAAAAAGUUAAAAACUGAUCUUUUUUCUUACUGUUUAGACUGUACCACAGUACCCCACAGUCUGCCACAGGUAAAGAUAAUCAUAAUACUAAUACAAAUCAACAAAUGGCGACCUUGAAGAAAAGCUUAUCACUGCUACUAAGGCAAACGAAGCCAUACAUUUUACAGAAACAUACACAUUUAUCAAUGACAUCUGCUGUUUCUGCUGCUUACUGGAAUAAAGAUUGGAAACCCAGUCCACUACCACGUACCCCUGAAGAACGAGCAGCUGCGGCAAAAAAAUAUGGCUUACGACCUGAAGAUUACAAUAUACUGAUGGAUGAAUCACUUGGGGACUAUCCUUAUCUUCCAGCAACAUCUCAUAGUUGGAGAGAUCCUUUUGAAGAUUAUGAUCAUCCAGGUGAUAAACGUCACUAUGGAGAAACAUUUCCUCCAGAUUAUGAGCUGAUAGCUGAUGACCUACGUGACCCCAAAGCUUUUGGAAGAUACACCUAUGGACAGAUUGUUGCAGGAUAUUUCUUGAUAUUUGCUGGCUUUUUACUAGCUUGGAACAUAUUGAAACCUUAUCCUUACUUUCUGCCAAGGAUGCCCAAGCAAUAUCCUUUUAAUGAUUUGUAUUUGGAAAAGGGAGGUGACCCUGCUGCCGAGCCAGUAAUAAAGCAUUACACAUUUGAACCAGCCACACAAGAAUAAUGUUAUUGUCAUGUUAAAUAUAUAAAAGACAGUGCUGAAAAGGCUUUGUAAAAUAAUUAACACAAGAUGUGUGGAUGUUAUAGUUUGUAUUUUUGUUCUUUUGACUUUGGGAUAAACAAAGUUUUAAAAAAUAGGUGUGUUUAUUGUCUGGUAUAAUGAGGUUAUAAUUAGGUUGUCAGAAUACACCUUGUAUAUUACAAUUAAGUUGUCAGAAUGCACUUUAUACAUUCAUUAUCAUGAUUUUGCAAGCAAUAGAAAGAAUAGUGUUCUUUUAUUAUUGGCCCUGUUAAAUUAAUUUGUUUGCAAAAUAAAUAAAAUGGGGCAAAUUUUUUUUUUUACAGUGAACAAUGUUUAUUUACUUAUUAGAUUCUUGGUUAAUCAAGAUCUAUUUAAGACAGAAUUAUGAAAUAAAAAUUGUUAAAUUACUAGACAUAAAAGUGAA